AUGCAGCAACCAAACUCCGCCAAUAUGGAUAGUCUCAACAUAGCAAUCAUCGGUGCCACUGGCGUCGGCAAAUCUUCCUAUAUCCAGCGCGUUCUCGGCCUCUCACGCCCACCAAUCUCCAAUGCCUCGAGCGUCCGCCUUGUCGUCGAUAACAUGACGUUGGGCGUCACACUGCUCGAGCUCGAUCUUGAAUACUUCGACAUGAGCCCCGCCCAUCCCAUACAAUGGCCAAAACAGAUCAACGGUCACAUCGUGCCUCGCGUCGAUGGCGCGCUAAUAUUAUAUGAUGUUACCAAGGGUGGAACAAUGAAGGAACUCCCCGAAACUAUCGCUGCUUUGACCAAAGCCGGCCUUCCGGCCGUCCUCGUCGCUAACAAAUGCGACCCUGGCAACGUUCGCCAGGUCGACACGCAGCUCGUUGCCAAUCAUGACUUGUUCAAGUCAUGCGUUGCUACCUAUAACCUUUCCUCCAACGCGCCCGAAAGAGCACGUGCCUGCCUGCACACAGUGGUCAAGGCGGCAGUCGCCAACCGCAAGGAUCCUCAAGGGGCUGAGCCAGCAGCGUCACGUCGGCGCGCGGCAUCCACUGCUAAUCUCGACACACUCGACGCACCCACCAAUCGACCCCUCAGCCAGCAGAGCAAACACAGCCGCGCAAGCUCGGAUCUGUCCCUGCUGCGUGUGCUCCCAUCGACCACAGAGCCUUCCGGCGACGAAUUCAAUCAAUCUGUCUCGAGUAUGCUCCGGACGCCUGGGAUUCGACUAGACCGAGCGCCGAACGACUCCUUCUUGGACAUGGACGAAUCAGACGCCGAAUCACGCAACAGCCCCGAUGACAUACCCAUCCUUCAACGCAAUGACGAAGCUCUCUCCGAUAAGCCUGCCAAGGCUGCCGCCGGCGUGUCGUUUGAUGAGCUCGUUGAUCGGCUGAUCUCGUUGAAGAUGUCGAGAGCCGAUCACAACUUUCUCGAGGUGUUCCUAUGCCUCUACCGGAAGUUUGCCGCUCCAGGCGAGCUCUUCUCGUCCAUACUAAUUAGGCUCGACCGCGUUCGGGACGACAAGACAUCGCACCACCUCACCAAGACAGCCACUCAGCUUCGCAUCAUUGAGGUUGUGGCCCGAUGGGUAUCUUUGUAUCCAGGGGAUUUCGCCCGGCCCGCCACGCGGCGGAAUCUGGAGGAUUUCAUCCGCCAUCUCUCCACAGAACCCAUCUUCUGCAUUGCAGCGCGGCAGAUCCGUCAGCAUCUCGAACAUAGCGUGGUGGAAGACGACGACACCGGUUGGGCCAAGUCAGAUGACGUCGCUGACAAGGCGGCCAGCCGGGUUUUGUCCAAGGAAGCGUCACGAUCCAUGUCAGACAUCUCUGUCGGCGUGAGCAGCUUGUAUCUCGACGACGACAAGAUGGGCGACGAUAGACCAUCUGGCAGCCCCGACAUCUUGCAGGUCGACAGGGUCAACAGCUUUGUUUCUUUGCAAUCCUUCGAUGAUUAUGAGAGGGAGGCUGCCACCAUGGAGCCGACUGACGUCUUGCCCAUGAACAAGUUCCGCUAUCAUAUUUUCAUGGACAUUCCCGAAGACGACAUAGCCGAAGAAAUGACGCGGAUUGACUGGGUCAUGUUCUCGUCGAUUCGCAUUCGAGACUUUGUCCGGCACGUCAGCCUGCCAAUCGACCAGCGAGCCAAGUGCAAGAGCUUGAAGAACGUGAAUCGCAUGAUCAACCACUUCAACCAUGUAGCAAAAUGGGCAGCAAACUUGAUCCUGCUGAGAGACAAGCCAAAGCACCGAGCACAGAUGCUAGAAAAGUUUAUGGCUGUUGCGGGCAAGCUCCGGCGCAUGAACAACUACAGCGGCUUGGCAGCGGUGUUGGCUGGCAUCAACGGAACUGCAGUGCAUCGGCUGGCACAAACCUGGGCGCUGGUGCCGCCGGACAGGAAGCGGGCGUUUGCCAAGUUGGGCAUCCUCAUGGGCACGCAGAAGAGUCACUUUGCGUACAGACUGGCGUGGGAGAACUCACCACUACCCCGGAUCCCGUACAUCCCUCUGCAUCGUCGAGAUCUGGUCUCGGCUGAAGAAGGCAGCAAAACAUUUAUUGGCACGGACAACGAUCGAAUCAACUGGAAAAAAUUUGAGGUUCUCGGCGAAAUCUUGCUGCCCAUCAUGAAGAGUCAAAGUACAGCCUAUCCAAAUCUCACCAAGUUGGAAUCAGCUCGGGAGCUCAUCUUGGAUUGCCGUAUGCCCACAGAUGAUGAGGAGAUUUACCAUGCGUAGUGUGCAAGUGGAGUUCCAACCGGGGGGCCAUCGGACCUGUCGAAGAAGAAGUUUCCAUGGUUCGCCAAGUAGGAUAGGUCCGAGGGUAUGAGUUGAUGACGGCCAUGUGGACGAAAGAAGUCUGAGUGUGAGAUUCGUACAAAUGGAUUUAGCAUAUUUUCUUUCUCA